AUGUGCGGAUCGUCAUAUAUACCGCUACCCAAAGAUAUAAAAAAUAAACGUGCAGUCGUCAACCCACGUAACAUGGACGAAGAAUGUUUUAAGUGGACAAUAUUAGCGAAGCGUGUUACAGGAAUAAACAGAGACCGCUUUGUUGGUUCAAAUUAUACCAAACACGAAAAUAAAUAUAAUUUUUCUGGAUUGACGCAUCCAACGCCGCUUUCGGAUAUUAAACAUUUUGAAAAAAAUAAUUCGAACGUGUCCGUAAAUGUUUACGGACUGAAGAAGGAAGAAAAAAAUAAAAAAACGUUACACACUGUUUUUCCGAUUAAAGUAGUAGACGAGGAGAAGACGGGACAUUUCGGUCUGCUGCUGAUAAACGAAAACGAAAAGUCCCAUUAUACCUACAUCUCUAAUUUUUCACGCCUUGUCGGAUCACAAAAAAAUAGUCAUGAACAUACGUUAAUUUUCUGUAAACGGUGUUUCACAUCUUUCGAUAACCAGAAACUUAAAAAUAAAUUGAGCGGGCAGGCGGCACUCGACCAACAUAAAAUGAUAUGCGGUGAAAAUAAACCUAUUUUGCCCGUAAUGCCUGAACCCGGAUCAAAAUUAAAUUUCGAUGCGUAUGGAAAAACCCAAAGACAUCCCAUCGUUAUAUACGCUGAUUUCGAGGCGAUAUUGUAG